AUGCAGUUCCAGUGUGACGCUUGCUCGCAGAAUUUCACGACCAGCAACAUUUCAGCCUGGUACCUUAGUACACAUACCAGUACAAAACCGCACGUAUGCGAUACAUGUGAGAAAGACUCCACCAAUUCUGAUCAAUCGGACGUGGACAAACGCACACAUACAGGUGAGAAGCCGUACACGUGCAAUGUGUGCACGAAAAUAUUC